AUGUCUCGCAAAGUAACCUACGCGCCGGAGAAUCUUCCAGCGAAGAACAACAACAGCGAGGCCUUCGCUGUGUGCCACAUCUACGCGGGCAAGAACGACACAUUCAUCCAUGUGACCGACCUCUCGGGCCGCGAGACCAUUGGCCGUGUGUCAGGUGGAAUGAAGGUGAAGCGCCACUGUGAUGAGCCAUCGGCAUACGCUGCAAUGCAGGCCACCCAGGAUCUUAUCGAGAUCAUUACCGACCGCGGUAUAACCGCCGUGCACAUCAAGAUCCGCGCCGACGGCGGCACGGGCAAGCGCGUCUAUGGCCAGGGCGGCAGUGCUGCCAUCCGCGCCCUUGUGCGCGGUGGGAUCAAGAUAGGGCGUAUAGAAGACUCCACCCCGAUACCUACAGAUCGCACGCGCCACAAGGGUGGUCGCCGCGGUCGCCGUCUGUAA